AUGUUUAACAAUCAAAGUUAUUUAGAGGAUCCUACACAGAGUUGCAGAGAUCCUUGUUAUGAUAUGUCUUACCCAAUGAAUCAAUCCAUUUAUAAUGCCAAUUACAAUAUAAAUGUAUACCAAAAUUAUGUUUAUUCAGUUGAUACAUCUAACAGUGAGAAUCCAACAUCAAUAAUUAACCUCGGAAGACGACAAGCUGAUGAAAAUGAUAUUGAAAAUUUUCUCUUGGCAGUUAAUCAGCCUAAUAAUAGUAUAAAUGACCAGAGAAACACAUGCAGAAAAUCUAAAAUUGCUAUAACUAAAAAUGCUAUAACAUCAGCAUAUAAACUAAAUGAAAAAUUGAAAACAAUUUGUGCUGAGCUUAAAGAUAGUCAACAUUUGACAGAAGAAGAAUGGCAACAGAAGAUCAGUCUCUGUAACACUGCAAAAGAAGAAAUUGUUAAGCUAUUAGAGCCUAUUAGAGAUCAAUGUUUUUUAAAUCAAUUAAAAAAAGAUUUAGAAAAACGCAAGAAAAAAAGAUUGAGAGAAAAAAUUAAAAAAGAGAAGUGGCAAAAUGAAAAAUUAAUGAAAAUGGAAAGACGAACAAGUAUGCAUGCACAAAUUGAUUCGUGGAUUAGGAAAGAACAAGCUGUAAUAGAGAAAGAAAAACAAGAGGAAAAUUUACGUAAAGAUGCAGAUAUGAUUCUAUUCGAUGUUAGAGGGAAAAGAACUGAUGCUAGGAAAUAUCUUGGACUGUUGCAAGAAUUACGAAAUUUACGAAAUGUUAAAGCCAAUAUUGCCAGAGCUAGAGGGGAACAUUUAUCUUCAGCAGCUGAUAAAGCAUUUAAUAAUAUUAUUGCAAAAUUAAUAGAACAAUGGUCAAUGCUUGAUCGCGAAUACUCUAUAGAGGAACAGAAUUUGAGAUUAAUGUUAAAGAAUGACAAUGAAGAAAGAAUUGAAAAACAGAAAAAGAGUCUUUUCGAUGAGUGGGAAAAAGUACUGUUCGGAACGAAAGUAAUAUUUGAUCGGUAUAACACAGAUUUUACCAAACUUAUUACUGUGAGAACUGCUUGGGAUAAGUAUAUAAGCACAGACAGUGAUGCGUCAGCCAUACCAAUUGGAUGGAUAAUGCCUCAUAAACCAUCCUCUGCUGCCUGGCAGAAAUGCCUCAAAAAAGAAAUUUCGUAAAUAAACUAAUAGCAUUUAAUUUUAGAUUAUAGAUUUUGAAAAUAAAAUUUGAUAUACGCCUUAGUAAUUUAUACUAUACGAAUAUGCAUUAUACAAACGAUAUGCAUUAUACGCAUUUUAAAAAUGAA